UGGAGCAGUGAUGUCAACAACAUCGGUCACUGGGUCAGCCCCUCCAUGAUAAUAGGCGGCUUAUUUUAUUCUUAUUACCAAACCCUGUAUUUAUAGAAAAUUAUCGACGGCAUCGUGUGUCAACAGGUCUAUAUUUAUCGACCGGCAUACAGGGUUUAAGGUUUAAACGGAAAACGAAUUGCCAACGGUCGCGCGUGCAAGCUAGCGUUAGCAAGCUAGCGGGGAGAGGAAAAUGAGGGUGGUGUUGUUCAGCUGUCGGCGUUGACCAGCAGAAAUACGGAUGUAGCGCAGAGAACGUAAUAAACCAUGAUCACCACAGAGGCGGGAAGGGACUUCCAGGCCAAAGAGCGAAAAUACAAGGAGCAGUUGAAAAGAUGUUUAUCGUCUGCACUGUCUGCAGACCUCAGCAGGUUGCUGCAGGAGGAACUGGAGGCCGAUGUUUCUCUGUUUGCAGCCUCGGGCUCUGUUCGAGCACACAGAGCUGUACUGCUGGCCAGAGUUCCUCAUCUUCUUCAAGGACACACGCACAAAGAUCCCACCAUCCUCCAUCUGCCUCACUAUGAGUUGACAGGGCUUAAAGAUUUCCUCAGGCGAGUGUACACAGCAGACCAGAGCAUGCGCUCAGCUGAAAUCAUCCCAGACAUGGAGGGCUUAGUGCCAGAAAUCACUGUGUCUGCUCCCUACCGGGCAGACCUUCGUAGUUCCACUGACUCAGAUGCUGGUCUUGAGCCAGCCUCGGGCCUCGGAGCAGACUUGCUGGAUCUGUACCAGAGAGGAGAGCAGUGCGACAUCACCAUUCAAGUAGCUGAGCAGGUCUUCUCCUGCCACAGGGCAGUCCUGUGUGCACGCUCUCAGUACUUCAGAGCCAUGCUGAGUGGGAGUUGGAUGGAGAGCUCCAGACAGUGCAUCACUCUACAAGGCUUGGGGCCAGAUGAGAUGGAGAUCUUGCUUCAGUUCAUGUAUGGGGCCAUCAUAGAUUUACCACCAGGUGCCAGUGCCAGUCAGGUAGUGCUGGCAGCAGACAUGCUGGGUUUGGAAGGACUGAAAGAUGUGGUGGAGAUGGUUCUAACCAGAGACUACUGCCGCUUCUUCCCUAAGCCCAGUGAUGGGGUUCAGAGAACAGUUCUUGAGUGCCUGUCCCUCACACAUGCCUUAGGCCUUCAAAACCUCCACAUGCAGUGUAAGAGGUGGGUUGCUGAACAUUUUGUGAAGACCUGGUGUGAGAGAAACUUUUCCCUCUUGUCCCCUGAGCUCCAAAGAGCCUGUCUAGCAGCUGUAACUGAAACAAUGACUGUGCAGAACGCAGUGACCAUGCUCUGUGGCACUGAGCAAUUGCUUGGCAGUCUCCCAGAGGUCAAGUGGGCCCAACAGGUCCGGAGUCUUGCCUCAGAACUUCAGGAGGAGAGCCUCAGUGUUAUUGUCCAGCAUCUACCAAAAGUAAUUCACACGCAGGCCUUCAGAGACCUUCGCAGGAGGGAAGAAUUCACCAGAGAGCCCACAUUAUUGAAGAAGCUGUGUACAGCCAUCAGAGAAGGCAUGACUGUGGAAAACUGCUGUGAUCUGUACACCGCUGUGUAUUUUCUGUGUGGAGAGGACAUGGACAAGGACUCUCUUCAGGAGCUGGGAGGGCAAAAUCAAGAAGAGCCGUUCAGACGUGAGAUUUGUACGCUGCGUGGUCGGCUCUGGACCUUCCUGCUUCAGACCUUUUACGCGGUCCGCCACACGCAGGGAUGGGAGACCCUGUCUUCCAAACACAGAGAAAGGAUACUUGCAGAUGCUAUUGAUAAAGGGGACAACCGAAGACUCGGUAAAAAGCCUGUAUUUACAAGCUCACAGUCACGGGCUGUAAAAUGCCCUUCCUCUGCACCUGAGAGUCCUCCUGUACGCAGGACCCAGAGGCUGUCUGAAAACACAACUCGUAGUGCUGCAUCAGCCAUGAAGUCUGAUGGACUUGGGACAGCAAGCAAAUCUGGAGAGGGUCAUACAUCCAAGGCAAAGAAUGUAAAGAAACCAGGAGACCGGAGUGUAGCAGCAAAAUCAAAGGCAACAUCAGCUGGAACACCUGUUGUCAAUGGCACAAGUGCUGCUGGAGCCAGGCGGGAUGUAGCAAGUGCAAAUGGCCCCAGAAGCUCUCAUGGGGCUAGAGAGCAGGAAAAGAAGCCAAACCCAGGUGCACGGCCGAAAACAUCCCCCCCAAGCUGCACAUCUACAAGCCUAACAGCAACAGCGAAGGCUCAGAAGAGCUCAGCAGGAAAGUCUGACAGCACUGCUGGCACCGCCCAAGCUCAGCCCAGUGCUUCACCCUCAUCAGGCAGUGUUUCACCAGAAAACGGUGCCAGCAGCCCUCGCAAUGACACCCACUCCGUUCCAGGUGCAAAGCCCAAACUGCAGGCCAAGGCAGUGAACAGAUCCCCUCUCACAAAACCACCUCAGAAAACAGAAACAACAAAGAUGAGCAGUCCUAGCAAUAAGUCAAGUGUGAGAGAAAGUAGCAAAGCCAAGACAAGCGAGAAAACCUCAGCUGGAGUGACAGGAGCAGCAAGAGCAGACACCAAGGGAAGAGGCACACCAGACCAUCUCGUGCCAAAGCAUGGAUCCUCCCUGAAAAAGCCAGCUUCCCCCCGAAAAGAGGACAGCAAAGACGGGCUGAAAUCCUCAGCAGCAGACAAAGCAGCAAGCGAAGCUCUUAAAAAGAAGAUCACAAAACCCACGUCAGCGACUGGCGCCUCAGCUAAAUCCAAUGCUAAACCAACAAAACCCUCUCCGGCCCCCUCCAAGCAAUCGUCUGUUGUAGCUGCCAAGUCUGGACAGAAGCCAAAAAGUAGUACAGAAUUAUCAGUGGAAAAAGCUUCACCGAAAUCUGGCGCAACUGCCAAAACCUCAUCUGCUGCUUCUGCCGCCUCCAAGAAACCAGUAACUAAAGGGGAAAAGACAAUGAAUGGCAAAAGUUUAGAUAGUAAAACUGAGCUGACUCCUGUUGAAAACACUAGUGAUGUUCUUGUUCAUAAAGACAUUAUAGAAGUAGCAAUCUCUGAGAAGCCAAAAAGCCAAACUAGAGGGGAUUCACUUAGUCCCGAGCAGAGUCUCAAGGAGACGGAUAAACAGGAAGAUACCCCUAGUUGUACAGUUGUUGAGACCAGUGCUGCUCCAUCAGCUAGCAGUAUCCCUGAAGUCCAGUCUGUUAAAGAAAGCACAGUCACCCAGCCUACAAGUAGUGUCAACAAAACUCAAAUCAGCGGAGGGCAAGUUCAUGAAGUCAGCUCCCCUAAUUCUCCAAGAGACACUGAGCGCCCCAUAGACACCCCAUGCAGCAUAGAAAGCACGGACACUCCCUUAGAGGACUCCUGGAGUGGCAUCCACCAUCACAUCAGCCCAGAAUCUGAGACCGGCAGCACACAUACCACCUCCUCUGACGACAUCAAGCCCCGCUCAGAGGACUACGACGCAGGAGGCUCGCAGGAUGAUGACUGCUCUAACGAUAGAGGGGUCUCAAAGUGUGGUACAAUGCGCUGUCAUGACUUCCUGGGCCGCAGCAGUAGCGACACAAGCACCCCUGAGGAGUUAAAGAUGUAUGAAGGUGGAGCAGGGCUGAGAGUGGAGGUGCGGGUGCGUGGACGGGAAGCAGAGACCACUAGCGAGGAGGAGGGAGUGAGACAGCGCCCCCGUUCAUGGUUGCACAGAGAUGAGGUUCAUGUAGAAGAAGAGCACUCGGAGGUUGAGGCCACUGUGACUGUUAAAAGCGUCCCAGACCCCCAGCUUUUCUCUUCAGAGGAGGAAGAUGACGAUGAUGAUGAUGAGGCAACAGAAGAUGAGAGGUCUGAAGUUGAGGUGAUCCCAGGACAAGCUCCAUCACAACCAACAGAACCAUCGCCACACUUUCAGGGGAUUGUCAACCUUGCUUUCGAUGAUGACGGCGGGGAGCAGGAGAACGAUCAACCUGACUACCAGUCCACUUCUAACUUCCGACGGUCAGUGCUGCUCUCCGUGGACGAGUGUGAGGAGCUGGGCUCAGAAGAUGGUGGCAUACAAACUCCACCUCAACAGCCUGAUGAUGCUCUGACUCCCUGUGAUGUUUUUGAGUCUGACUCUAUAACUCCUCAAUCUACUUGUGCCCCUCCAAGUGACCAACAGAACCAUCUUGAAAGCAAUAUGAAGCACAAAGAACACAGGGAGGAAACAAAAGGAAAGUCCUCUAUAUUCCUCACAGAGAUCCAGGAGCCAGUGAAGGAAGACAAUACACACAUCCAGGUUGAUGGAGUGAAGUCAAGUGGUCCUAUCCUGGACUCCGAAACCAGAGAUCUUCCUCCCCAGGAGCGCCCUUGUCACCUGGAUCUGCGGCAUACUGAACAAUACAACGGAGGGCCACGAAAAAAUCACACCUCAGAAAGCAACAAAGCUGAUUUACAUCUAGACUUAAGUGAGCCUCAGCUGACAGGGGACUCUCCUGUACAUGUUGCCCAAUCUCCAGCAGGGGACAAUGGUUGUGACAGAUUGGAUCAAAGCAGCAAACAUGACCGCCGACCAUCAAAAGCCCUCUCUCCCAUUUAUGAGAUGGAUGUGGGAGAAGCCUUUGAGCACAGCUCGGACAAGGACAGGAAUGUUAGACUGAAAGCAGAGGAAGAAAAGCUAAAUGGGGACCCUGAUAAAAGCAGUGAGUUUGCUGAGCGGGACUGGAGCCUGCUCAGGCAACUUCUCUCAGAUCAUGAGUCCAAUCUGGGCGUUAUAAACCCCGUGCCUGAGGAGCUCAACCUGGCCCAGUACCUUAUCAAACAGACACUGUCCCUCUCACGUGACUGCCUGGACUCACAGGCAUUCCUGUCCCCAGAGAAGGAGACCUUCAAACGCUGGGCGGAGCUCAUCUCGCCCAUGGAUGACUCCUCCACUAGCAUCACAGUGACCAGCUUCUCCCCAGAAGAUGCUGCAUCGCCACAGGGGGAGUGGACCAUCGUCGAACUGGAAACACAUCACUGACAGCACAGAGGAGAGCCUGCCGGACGUCGCCUUCUCCAUGAACACUCAAGUCUUUACAUCAAGUUUGUCUUAAUUUAUUAUAAUUUAUCUGUUAUUUGCACUCUGCAACACUCUGGGCUUUGCAGCAGCUUUUUGCAUUCCCAUUGUGCCCAUUGGAUUUUUUCUUGACACAAAUGGGCUGUUCUGCAUGCUGAUAUUUUUGUAUGUUUGUUGAAUUGAUGUUGCUUCAAA